UUUGGAAAACACGUUCUUCAGUACCUAAAAUACCUGAUCUUCAAAUUAAAAAUUAACUGAAACACCAGCUAAACUAGACAUGGAGAUCAAAGAACCGGAAAACUUGCACCACGGCCACCAGCAUAAAAGUGAUUGACUUUCGAAGAUUCAGAGGUAAUAUCAAUUUUAUAGUCUUAUCUCAUAACUCUCGACGCAAAACAAGGUCGUUCCAGAACAGUAAACAACUAAACAAAAGCUAUAGCCCAUUAAGAGCCGUCUUAACCAUUGAACUUAAAGAUGCUGACCAGAACUCUUGUAGUCUUGGCUGUUCUAGCUCUGACUUUGUCCUUAGUCGUCGAUGCUAAGUCAACAAAAGGAAAACAUCACCAUCACCAUAAAAAGAGUCAUCACCAUCAUGAAGAAGACGCAGAAGAAAAGUCGCUAAACAAGGAAGUCGAGAAGAUUCAACAUGAUGAAGCUGCUGCAGCCGCUGGAGGUGCAUCCGGAAGCGGUGAAUCUGCAGGAUCAGGAGCAGGAUCAGGAGCUUCAGGAUCUGGAGAAGGAUCAGCAGAACAAUGUCCUGCUAAGUGUCAGCCUUCGUGUGAAGAAGGCUGCGUUCAAGAGUCAAUGACGACUGAUACAUCGCAUCUUUUGGGCGGCCAUCCACAUCCCGGCCCUCCCUCUCAGGCUUUUAACCCUAUGCCGUUGCCGAGAAUGUGUCCUGCCCCAUGUCCACAAGUAUGUGCCCCAGCAUGUGCUGAGGACUGUUGCUCAGCAGCCCCUCCUAUUGUCCCACCAACGCAACCUCCACCAGAAAUGCCACAAAUGCCCCAAAUGCCACAAAUGCCACAAAUGUCCCAAUGUUCUCCUUCUUGUGCUCCUACCUACCAGCCUAGUUGCUGUGAACAAGCUGCACCAAUGUCUUCCCCAGUUUAUAUGCCACCCCCUCCUCCUCCACCGUUUAUUAUGCCCCCUCAAAUGCCAAUGAGUGCGUCCUGCAGCCCUCAGUGUCAGCCAGCAAGCCCCAGCUGCAUGGCUCCUCCUCCUCCUCCACCUGCACAACCUGCAUGCCCUAUGCAGUGUUGCAGACGAAAUUUCAAGAAAAAGUCUUCAAUCAGCAAGCAUCACUAAAGUUACCUUUGUGUAAGCGUUGUCGGAUGUAAAUAUAAGAAGGACCUUUUUGUUGAGGUUCUUCCAUUUCUCCAAACAAAAAAUGAUACACUAAAUAUCUAAAUAGAUAAAAUAUCAAGUAUCAAGAAAGGUAUAAAAAGGACCUUCCGUCUUUUGUUUGGCAUUUAGCAUCAAACUGGGUGGAAUACAAUGGAUUUUAGUGGUACAAACAUGCUUAAAAUUAGAGUAAAUAGAUGUAAGAAUUUUUGGGGUUUGUUAGCUUUUAUUUUAUCUUCAUGUUCAGUAUUUGUUACGUGACAUUUUUGUGGCACAAGUAGUAACGCUAGGUUAACCAAUAAGGUUCUUCGAGAUUUGUACUUAGUGUCGAUAACUUAUAUUAUAAUUAACAAUAUAUAUAUUGUGUAAAGAUGAGCUCUAACUUAAUUGCCAUGCAAUGCAAAUUGUGACAAACUUAUUACAAGUAAAGAGAAACUCAAUAUUACAAUAAAGUGCAGUUUUUGGAUUUUA